AUGGUUACAAAAGUCCAGGUAGACUCAUCCGCAGCCUUUCCUUCAUCAACUAACCAGGUCACCUUGUCAAAGAAAACAAUCACCUUGGCCGAGCAGGACCUGGGACCUGCGUUGCACAAACCCAGGCUGACUGGGCUUUAUCCUCUGGUUGUAUUGCACUUGCCUUGUAAUGACACUCCAGAUGAUCUGCUUUGUGACUCCCCUGACACUGAGGUCAGAAGAGAUUAUAUAGCUCAUGAAAUGUUGCCACAGAAACCUAAACCAUCUGAAAAGCAUGUCAAGAGACAUGAGAAUAUGGAUUUGACCUCCACUUUUACCUCAGCCUACAUUAUGUCUCAAGUAUCUUCAUGUCUCUCCUGGAGGAUGAGGAGACAUAUCCCUGGGACCAAGAUGGAUAUAAGAACAACUUACAAAGAUGAUUGUGUGUUACACAAUGAACAGACAGAGCAGAUAAGACCAAACAAUAGGUUUGCUCCAUCAAAAGAGAAAUGUACCAUUGUCCAGAACAACAGUUUCUACAGGGGGCUGGUUGCCACUCAAAGCUGUAAACCUCUGAAUCUGGGCCAGAAAAGCAAGGCUCCCUUUGAGUACAUAACCAAGUACAGAAUAAAUUAUGGGCAGAGUCCUCUGGUGAAACAUUAUGUCCUUAAAAUUCAGAUAUACAAGGUCAAUUAUGUUUCAUUUGAUGGCAUCACUGCACAUAAAUUUUCUUACCAGGGGUGGGCUGGUCAGCCAACCAAGCUUCCAAAACCAUACCAGACAAAACCAGUCCCUCUUCCUUUCUCUACUACAACUGAAUUUCAGGAAAAACCACAAAGCUGGACUACAGCCCCUGUAUUCACCAGAAAACCUGAUGCAUAUCUUCCUCCUCUGGAGAAAAUGGACAUUCAUACUUGGACACAUUGGAAGCACCCAAAUGAAAAGCCAGUCAAGAUGUGUCAGUCUUUGGCCCAGCCUAAUAAAGUUACUGAGCCAUUUAGUAGCUCUUCUAUAGUGAAGGAAGACUAUAAGCCUUGGCUAUGAAAUAGACUAAAACCUAUCACUCAUGCUCCGACUUUCCCGGCAAAACCAAUAGAUUUCUUGGCUACAUUUUGGACCCAUCAUGGGCCUCAUUCUCUCACAGUUAUGUAAAUCUACAAACCUGUCUGCUCAGGCCCAAAGCAUCACACUCUCCUAGAUGCUAAAACAACCUACACUGCCAGUUAUACACCAAAAUGCCUGGCCCCUUACAAAGACCCACCCAGUUACAUCUUUGAGAAAACUGAUGCUGACCUCUUGAUUCUAUUUGGUACCUUCUUUUAA